AUGAGUAGUUCUAAUAAAGAUUCCGAGUCUUUUGAGAAUUAUCCUUCGCAAAAUUCUGACAACAGCUACAAGAGGGAUGAUCUGGAUCCAGAUACCCUCGAGAAGGAGGCCAAGAUCGAAAACCCUAACGGUAAGAGCGCCUACAUCGCAGUGAGUAUCUCCUGUGCUUUGGUCGCUUUCGGUGGUUUCAUCUUCGGCUGGGAUACCGGUACCAUUUCCGGUUUCGUCAACCAAACUGACUUCAUCAGAAGAAUCGGUUCCAAGCACGCUGAUGGUACCUCAUACUUGUCCAAGGUUAGAACCGGUCUAGUUGUCGGUAUCUUCAACAUCGGUUGUGCCAUCGGUGGUGUUGUUUUGUCUAAAAUCGGUGAUACUAAAGGUCGUAAGGCCGGUCUGGUGACUGUCGUGCUAAUUUACAUUGUCGGUAUCGUGAUUCAAAUCGCUACCAUUGACAAGUGGUACCAAUACUUCAUCGGUAGAAUCAUCUCCGGUUUGGGUGUUGGUGGUAUCUCUGUGCUUUCCCCAACUCUAAUUUCUGAAGUCGCUCCUAAGGAAUUGAGAGGUUCUUUGGUCUCUCUAUACCAAAUCAUGAUCACUUUGGGUAUCUUCUUGGGUUACUGUACUAACUACGGUACCAAGAACUACUCCAACUCUGUCCAAUGGAGAGUUCCUUUGGGUCUAUGUUUCGCUUGGGCUUUGCUUAUGAUCGGUGGUAUGACCUUCGUUCCAGAAUCCCCACGUUACUUGAUCGAAGCCGGAGAUGACGAUGCUGCUCGUAAGUCUCUAUGUGCUGCCAACAAGUUGCCAGCUGAACACCCAUUCAUCGAACAAGAAUUCACCAUCUUGAAAGCCAAGGUCGAAGAAGCUAAUGCCGCUGGUACUGCUUCUUGGUCCGAAUUGAUCACUGGUAAGCCUGCUAUGUUGAGACGUACCAUUAUGGGUAUCAUGAUUCAAUCUUUGCAACAAUUGACUGGUGACAACUACUUCUUCUACUACGGUACUACUGUUUUCAAGGCUGUUGGUUUGGAAGAUUCUUUCCAAACCUCUAUCGUUUUCGGUGUCGUUAACUUCUUCUCUACCUUCUUAUCUUUGUUCACCGUCGACCGUUUCGGUCGUCGUAACUGUUUGCUGUACGGUGCCGCCGGUAUGGUCUGCUGUUACGUUGUCUACGCUUCCGUUGGUGUUACCAGAUUAUGGCCAAAUGGUCAAGGUAAUGGCUCUUCCAAGGGUGCCGGUAACUGUAUGAUCGUCUUCUCCUGUUUCUACAUCUUCUGUUUCGCUACCACCUGGGCUCCAAUUGCUUACGUUAUUAUCUCCGAAUCCUUCCCAUUGAGAAUCAAGACCAAGGCCAUGUCCAUUGCCUCUGCUUCCAACUGGAUCUGGGGUUUCUUGAUUGCCUUCUUCACACCAUUUAUUACCAAUGCCAUUAACUUCUACUACGGUUACGUCUUUAUGGGCUGUAUGGUCUUUGCUUACUUCUACGUUUUCUUUUUCGUCAACGAAACUAGAGGUUUGACUUUGGAAGAAGUCGAUGAGAUGUACGCCGAAGGUGUUCUACCAUGGAAGUCCUCCAAGUGGGUCCCAGAAUCCGAAAGAGAUGACAGCUAUGACGCCGAUGCUUUACUUCAUGAUGACACACCAUGGUACAAGAGAGUCAUUGGUAGAAAUUAA